AGAGUCUGUGUGUGUGUGUGUGCGCGUGUGUGAGAUUGUAAAGCGCGCUCCCACUGCCACUUGAGAAAAGCUCGACAAGCGACAGCGCGACGCACUAAUCGAUUGUGCGACGCUGCUGUCGUCACACAUGCGACACAAGUGCUUUCAUGGAUGGAGAGAUGAGGUUGCUGGGAGCUGACUGAGCACCUUGAAACUGGAGGCAAACCACUGCACCACCAUCCCUAUCAGAAAUGCCCUUGAAGCAGAGACAACCCAGACACAAAGACGUGGUCCAGGAAAAAGAUAAGGUCACUCCUGGACACAGUCGAUAGAAAUCCGACUCCAGCGUUGUGGAAGAGCAUCGAUGUCAGCACAGUCGGGGAGCCACUGGGAUCCUAAGUGAUGAGGAUCUGGGCUCUGAUUACAUUUACAGCUCACUUGUCUCGAGGCUUUUGUCCAAAUUUGAGGCCCGACGUGAAAUCUGUGCCUCUCCUCUUUCCUGCUGAAGCCUCCUUAUUGAUUGAGACGUCGGGCGGCUGCUAUACAGUGGACGGUUUCCUGCACUAUAGCGUUCCCCCAAAGGACAGAGUCGUAAAAAUGGACCGUUCGCCCUUGGAUCCCCUCUGCCCUCCAUUUAAUCAGACAGGACGCAGGAUCUAUAUUCUCCAUAUUAUGUUUCUGAAGCUGACGAGCGACUUCUGUCUCGCUCACAUCCUCCCGAAAACCCAGGAUUAGAGAGUCGACGGCCAGGAUCACCAUCUGCUGUGUGUGUGUGUGUGUGUGUGUGUGUGUGUGUGUGUGUGUGUGUGUGUGUGUGUGUGUGUGUGUGUGUGUGUGUGUGUGUGUGUGUGUGUGUGUGUGUGUGUGUGUGUGUGUGUGUGUGUGUGAGCGUCAGGCUUUCCCAGUGAGAGGAAUCCAAAUCAGCACAACGCACACAAUCACCGAACCCUGGCUCUCCACCGGACGGGUCAGUCGCUGAGAGAGAGAGCGAGAGCGAGAUAGAGAGAGAGAGAGAGAGAGACUCCCAGAAUCCUCUGCGCGGAGCCAAGAUGGAGGAGCCCAGCAGCUGCGGGAGAACAAUGUUUUGGCUCUAGAUGUUGAAACGGGACAGUUGAGGGCUGAACCAGGGCGAGCCGCAACGACCGGGCCAUGCUCCUGCACCGGAUGACACUUAUUCCCACCUCAUAGUUUUCCUGCCUGCCGGCUUUCACCAUGAACAUCAUUCAAGACAAACUAGGCAAUGAGUUCCUGCGCUCCAACGGGGGCAUGGACUCCAAUUAUGGCUCCGGCAUGAUCAUGUUCAGCCACCUGCCGCCGGUGACCAGCUUCACCCGGCUGGCCGCCCACUCCGUCAUGCAGGACCUUCCGCCGCAGGAGAUGAUCCUGAAGAAGGAGCGCGACUCGCCCGACUGCAGCAUGGGCAUCCAGGGCGGCGGCCUCGGCUGCGCGGGCGUGGGGGACUACGUUCACUCGAUGGGAAUCAAGCAGGAGAAGCUGUCGGAGCACGACUACCGCCUGCCGCUCUACCCCGGGGGCCUGGGGAAGAGCGGUGAGAUGCUGGAGGUGACAGUCAGCAACAACCAGAACCUGCUGGUGCACGACCUUAACAUGGGCAACCUGCCGAGUCAGUUAGGGAAGGAGCCCACGGGGAGAAAAGGUCGGAGGUCAAAUGGUGAUGGACAGGAGGGUAAACCGAGAAAGAAGAGAAGCGAGGUGAAGCAGUCGAUGAUGCUGGACGGAGAAGGAGGCAGCCUGUCGCCGGGAAACAAGCCGCACAUCUGUGAGCACUGCGCUGCGUCCUUCAGAAGCUCCUAUCACCUGCGCAGACACGUCCUCAUUCACACAGGUGAACGACCCUUCAGAUGCAACCAGUGCAACAUGAGUUUCAUUCAGAAGUAUCUUCUCCAGCGGCACGAGAAGAUCCACAGUGGAGAGAAGCCAUUCAGCUGUGACCAGUGCAACAUGCGAUUCAUUCAGAAGUACCACAUGGAGCGGCACAAGAGGACACACAGCGGAGAGAAGCCGUACAGAUGUGAGACCUGCCAACAGUUUUUUUCCAGGACAGACAGACUGCUCAAGCACAAGCGAACCUGUGGCGAAGCCAUAAAGAAGGGGCUGGAUCCCGGGAUGAUGGACCUGGGUUGCGUCGACAUGGGCCACGGCAGCUAUGGGGUCACUCAGGGAAACGUCGGGAGCUCCGGCAGAAAGAGGGGCAAGUCCAAAAACGGCGGCGAGGGAGGCGAGCGCAAAAAGAAGAAGGGGGACGGAGGAGGUGGCGGCGGGAGGGUUCCGCACAUUCACGGUUCUGCGCCUGGAGGCUACGGCGUCCACGAGUACUCCAUGGAGAACCAAACGAUAUCCUCCUCCAGCGAGCCGGGGCCCAGCAUGCAACAGAGCCACCACGGCCGAGCUCCAAAGAUGGCGUUCAAGAGGGCCAAUCGCAAGAGCAUGGCCAAGGCCGCCGGCCCCAUGGAGCGCAGCAUGGGCAUGGACGGACUCGGCCUCAUGCAGGGUAACGGACCCAAAGUCGGCGCCAGCAGCAGCAGCAGCGGCGGCGGCGGCAGCAACUACGACGACGCCAUGCAGUUUCUGAAGAAGAGACGCUACCUUCACGCGGCGAACAACGGCAACCCGUCGGGGCCUGUGGUUUCCGGCGUCACCAGCAGCGAGUACGACAUCGGCCACUUGUCGCAGCAGACAGUCGUUCAGGGCGUCGUCUCCAGCGUGAUGGACGCCGACUCGCCGCUGAGCCUCGACAAGUCGGGGAUCCCCGACGAGGUGCUGCAGAGCCUCCUCGACCACUACGCCCAGAAGCCCGACGGCUCGCACCACGACGUCCACUUUGACAUCAGCGACCACCACGUGGAUCUGAACCACGCUGCAGCCGACGGCCCGGAAAUCGGCCACGGCGGCGACGCCUCCAGCCCGUCCGGGGACAAGAACGGCAUGAUGCACGAGUACUCUCGCUUCCUGCUGCAGGCCCUGGAGCGCACCAGCCACAGCACCAGCUUCCUCCUGGGACACGGGCCUCCCGCCCUGGGACCCUUCACCAGCUCCCACCAGGGCAACCCACUCUACGCAGACAAGAACAUCUACACUACAUCCCCGCUGGACUGCGGGUUCGGCCAGCCGGUGGCCUCGCCCUCGCUGCCCUCGUCGGUGCCAAAAUCGCACUUUGCGAUGCUGACGGGCUCCUCGCCGCAGCACGGCUUCCACCUGAGCGGCCUGGAGCCGUCCGCACACCAGCAGCUCACCCCGUCUCAGGAGCUCACCGAGCAGAUGGAGAAGCACCACUCCUCCUCCACUCCCCCCUCCUCGUACCAGAUCAGCCCGUCUGACCUGAGCAGCGACAAGGACCGAGCGCCGGUCAAGAACGGCGCGGCCGUCUUCCCCCUGGACUCGUCCAAGCCUUCCUCCUACCAGAUAGAAAACUUUGCCCAGGCCUUCGGCUCGCAGUUCAAGUCGGACGGCCGCGGCUUGUCGUACGGCACCGACCCCGGCGGGGAGGUGGACCACCGGUUACGGACGUCGGUGUCUGAAUUCUCAGGUUUUACUAGUUUGUUAUCUGAUGUCAACGAGCCAGUGAGCACCGGCUCCAAAACUCCAACAAGCCAAAGCUACAGAUGAGAGGCUGAGCGGGAGAGAACACACUGUCGAUGUUCUGAUUCUAUUUUUUUUAGCGCUCCUAUUUUAUUAUUAUUAUUAUUAUUAUUAUUGUUAUUAUUAUUAUUUUUCUAAGUGACAUCUUUAUUUUAAUUAUGCCGAUGCUCUGUUCAUGUGCCCACUCCUCUCCCCACAAUAAGCCUGCAAGGCUACUUGCAAAUGCAUUUUUUUUUAUCCGUUAUUUUUUUAAUAAUUUAAAUAUGUAUUGACUGUUUAUUCUCGUCAUAUUAGUGACAUUAGGUCUUAGUCAUUAAUCAUGAGCUGAAAUACUUCUUUUUUUUUUUUACACACGUUAGCGUAGCUGUAGCGCCGGGCGUUUUUCUUUUCCAAUGAGCUGAAAAGUGUUUGAGCAAUCAACUUUACAAAAAAAUAAAAUAAUAGUAAAUGGAAAUAUAAUGGCAGGGAAUAGCCCAGAAACGAUAUAGCAAAAACGAAAAACCUAGAAGUUUGUCGUCGUCUGUUACAAGGUUUUUAAAAAAGUAUUACUCAGGAAAAAAAAAGUGGGAAGGGGAGACGCCCGCGAGGGGCGGCGAGUCGCAGCGAGGGGCCGCGGUUUUCACAAAAUGUUGUUUGUUACUUUGUCGAAUGAAACCGACUGCCUCCAGCUCACUUGAACACUGAAACACUUUCUACUUGGCUACAUAGAGAUUAUGGUACUUUCAUGUCAAUGUGAAACUCAUGUUUUCUUCAAUAAGGGCCAUAUAUAUAUAUAUAUAUAUAUAUUAUCUAUAUAUAUAUAUUUAUAAGAAUAUAUAUUAAUGUAAUAUAACAGAUUUAAUCAUUCUGGGGAGAAACUGCCAGUUGAAGUUGCCGGGGGAGACGGGGGCUGGUUCUCGGGGGGAAAUGUGUUUGUGUGGUAUAUUUUUUUCAGAGAUCAAAAAGUGGCGUUAGGGUUUUUUCUCUGGCCAAUAGAAGCUGCUGUUGGACAGCCACAGAAUGGCCUUCCACCUUCCCUCCUCCUCUUCCUCUGUUCCUCUCAUUUCUUAAGGAAAAGAAAAUUAGCACUUUGAGCCGGUUGCGUACGUCGCGUACAGAAGCCACCUUCGGAUCGAGGAAGCUCAAACGUCAGGGAAAGGACUGGACUGGCUUUUUGACCGAGACUUGUUUGUUUCUGUAUAUGCAGACGGGAGUUGGACAUAUUGUGGGUGGAUG